AUGCUGCUAACCCUGAAGUUUUAUUGCGUUUCCUUCACCCCUGAGGUUUUUUUUGACGCUAUACUUGGCUAAUUUUACAAUUUUCUUUCAGAGGUUAAAUAUGUCCGAGGAAGUCAACGACGAGGUGCCGCAAGAGGUUUCUCAGGAGCCUGGAGAGGAGAAGAUGGAAGUUCCAGAGGUAAUUUUAGUGUUUUAUAGUUCUCUCUGUUUCUCAGGUCUUUAAUAUUUUUUAAUGGCCUUCUACAUCAACUGAACGUCUUUUCCAAAAUUACGAAAUUUAUAUGUACAACAGCUAGUUUCAGAUCGGGGACAUUGGCUUACGUCUGAAACAGAUUGAAGAAGAAGCCCAAAAGAUCAGAGACAUGCAGAAUAAUGUCGAACGAUUUGAUCCCUCCACAGGUUCCAGUAAUCCACAGCUUAAUCUCUCGAUUGAGGAGAAACAAGCAAAGGACAUUCGAUCGGUUUUUGUUGGAAACGUAAGUGCAAGUCUCUCCUCUGAGCUUCUGUGUUUAGGUUGAUUACAGUGCCACUCCAGAGCAACUGGAAGAACAUUUCCGAGGAUGCGGAGCCAUUGAGCGUGUAACUAUCCUCGCUGACAAGUUCAGUGGAAAUCCUAAAGGGUCGGUUUGUAGGAGUUUAUUAGUUUAAAAAAAAAUGUUUUAGAUUCGCGUACAUCGAAUUUACAGAGGUUGAAGGAAAACAACACGCCAUGGCAUUAAAUGAAAGUUUGUUCUUGGGAAGGCAGAUCAAAGUAACAGAGAAGAGAACGAACAAACCGGGCAUCAGCACCACCAACCGACCUCCCCGAGGUCGUGGACGUGUGCGCACUGUGGUCAGAUACGUCUACCCUGGCUUCAGAGGAGCUCGAGGGCGGGCCCCAAGGUAAGAUUGAUGAUUAGUUAAACGUUUUGUAUCAGGUAUCACAAUAAUACGGACUUUUCAGACGUGGUCGUGGCUUCCAACCUUAUUAA